AAUGGCUGCCAGUCUGAUCUAAACCUCUGCUUAGGGAUUAAAUGAGUAUGAAAUAAAUGAAAAAGGGUCCUGAAAUCGCUGUCCCGCUUCGAGACGACAGUCCUGGACGCCAGGGCGUAGUCUGUGCGUCUUCACAAAGAUGUUGUGGCUGCCAGAGAAGGAAAGUGUAUGCGAUCCGAAAUUAACCCUUUCCAUCUAACAUCCACCAACAAAUAAGAAAAUGAUGCAUCAAGUGACCAGCAGCAACAGUGACUACUGUAUGAGUGGACUGGCAGAGGACUGUCAUCCAGCCAGCCACUUUGAUUUAUGUAGCACACAAUCCAGCAAAUUCUACCCAUCUCAGACAACCCCUGGUUUGCAGCUGUCCCUGGCCGGCCUUGCCCCUUUACCACAGGGCAUGCACAAAGCCAUGGUAUGUCAAAUCCAAGACACCCAGAACGACUUCCAGACUCAGACAGUGAGAAUCAGGGGCAGUGAGGCUGCGGGGCCCGACGGCUCCAAGAAGAAGAAGGGCAUAGUGAAGUCGGGGCGUAGAGGGAGGCCAUCGGGGACCACAAAGUCAGCUGGUUAUCGUACAAGUACAGGACGUCCACUUGGGACGACUAGAGCAGCUGGGUUCAAAACCAGCCCAGGGAGGCCCCUUGGAACCACCAAAGCAGCAGGAUACAAGGUCAGUCCUGGAAGGCCUCCCGGCAGCAUCAAGAGUCUAGCUCGGCUCAAGAAGCUGGAGUUUGGUUGUGACAGCGCCAAGAAACUGGACUUUAGCAACUGUGAUGUUCCACCUUUCCCGUACGCUAUGAUGGAGAAAAGACCCCUCUGUGAGUCGAGUGGCAAAGUGGAUGAAAGCAGCGAAUAGAUCUGCAGGUUACUCCCCAGUGCUUAAAAAACAAUUGACUGAAGUUGCGGAAAACAUUUUUCACAAAUGUUGGAGGAAAGAACUUUUUUCACCAUUUAGAAAUGGCUCUGAAUGAGUGUUUGUACAGUGUUUGACAUUUUUCUUCAUCCUCUCAUAAUAAUGUCACUUAGAAGUAUGUUAUUCCAGUUUGGCAGAGAUGCAUGCGUAUGAAUUAAUCUCACCUAUCAGUAUUGGUAAAAUAAAGAAUUUAGCAGUUUGUGGUUCAAACUUCACUAGAGCGUAACAUCCUUUUUCCCUCAAGCAUUUUGUACCUAUGUGUAACAUGUUAUUUUACUCUGCUUUUUACAUUUCUAUGGCUGGUUUCUGGUGAUUUUUUUUUUUUACAUUCUUAAACAUUUAAGUACAGCCAGUCAAAUCGGCCUUUUCCCAGGCAUAAAUAUGUGGAUGUAUAGUUGUCCUUUCUGUGUUGUCUAGUUCAAUAUGUUUUAUUUUGUGAUAUUAUCAUACCUAAAAUGGGAACUGAAAUUUUGACAUUUUUAUUUAGCCUGAGCUGGUAAAACUAAAUGCAUUAUAUCCUUUCAAACACAGUAUUUGUUAUUUUCUGCACUUUGUGAAUAUAGUUUCUACCAUGUGACGGCCUGUUUUCGUCUCCAAACUCACUUGAUAAGCACUUCAAGAUUUACAUGUAUGUUGUUGAUGCUGUUAAUUAGGAAAUAAAUGACUUCAUAAACAGUUUCUGCUUUGUGACAUAUGUAAUAAACGAUUAUGUGCUAUACA